GUCUGACUGUUUUAAUUAAUUAUUUUAAAGGUUAUCUUCAAGUCUCAAAAACUAAAUUCCUCCAUUAUGUUUUCACAAAAUCACAAAAUAACCCUGAUAAGGAUCCUUUGGUAAAUUUUAUUUUAUAAAUUAUUGUAAGCUCUACAUCAAUGCUGGGUAUUUGGCAUUUGUUGGCUUCGGCUCCGAGCUCCGUCUUAUGGUUAAAUGGUGGCCCUGGUUGUUCUUCACUUCUUGGUCUAUUUACCGAAUUAGGGCCCUAUUUACUUUCAGAAGAUGGUUCUAAAUUAAUUAAAAAUCCGAAUUCUUGGAAUAACAAAGCUAAUGUUUUGUUUCUUGAAUCCCCUGCGGGGGUUGGAUAUUCUUAUUCAACUGAUGGAAAUCUUACUACUAAUGAUGAUGAAACAGCAAAUUACAACUAUGAGGCUUUAAAACAAUUUUUCAACAAAUUUCCGGACUUUAAAGGACGCCCAACAAUUAUAAGUGGUGAAUCCUAUGCUGGUGUCUAUUUGCCAAUGUUGGCUAAUGUUAUUAUUAAUGGACAAAAAAAUUAUCCUAUAAAUUUGAAAGGAGUGUUAAUUGGAAACGGAUAUUUAAGUCGAACUUUAAAUAUAAAUACAAUGCUGAUUUAUGCUCGCGGUCAUGCCUUUGUAGAUGAAGGAUUAUGGCAGUCUUAUAGUAAAGAAUGUUGUAAUGGAUGUAUUGAUACUUGUGACAUUUGGGCAUAUGUUAUUAACAGAAAUACAACCUGUUAUAAUCAUACUGUUGCAAUUUUUGAUCAAUUUUCUGAUUGUAUAUCCAAUGGUUAUGAUAUUUAUCUUAACUGUGGUAUGUCAACAAAAUCAUCACAAUCCUUAGCAAAAAAUAAAUUGCUUAGAUUGUUCUCUCGAACACCUUUUAUGUUAAAAACAUUGGGGAGUCUUUUACUUGAAGAAAAUAAAUUCGAAAAUUUAAAAACUCAAUCGGAAGAUGAGAGGUAUGACCCAGCAAUAAUUCCUUGUGUUGAUGCAAAUAUUUUAACUAAUUAUAUUAAUUUACCCAAAGGUUUUUUGUUAAAUAAUUUAAUUAAAAUAAUUAUAAUUUAUUAA